AUGGCUCCAUUAGUUAGAAACUACCGAUUCUUGAUCGGUGCGUUUGCCGUGAUGAUGUUAUUUUUUCUGAUCAAGACAUCUACCACAGCUGGCCCCUCUAUGGAUAUUGCUAGGAAUGUUGCUGGUACUGUUAAUCGUCCAGAAACACCUCCAGAUGUUUCAACUUUACCAGUUUCGAAUAAUCCAGGAUAUAUUUCUGAUCCAAAGACAGAUAAUACUAACUCAGAAGUUGCUGAUGCAGUCAAGUCUCAAACCGAACAAGCUGCAAAUACUGCUAGUAAAGGUUCUACUAAAUGUGGUAAGGAUCACCAAUAUGUUGUAAUGAUUGAUGCUGGUUCAUCAGGUUCCAGAGUUCACGUUUAUGAAUUUGAUGUAUGUUCUCAACCACCUGCUUUAAUAGAUGAGACUUUCGAGAUGUUAAAACCUGGUUUAUCCUCAUUUGAAAAUGAUCCAGUUGGAGCUGCUAAAUCUUUAGAUCCAUUAUUAGAGAUUGCUUUGAAAGCUGUUCCUGAAUCAAAGAGAAGUUGCACACCAGUUGCAGUUAAAGCUACAGCCGGUCUUAGAAAAUUAGGUGAAGCCGCAAGUAUUAAGAUUUUAGAUCAAGUUAGAGUUCAUUUAGAGACUAAUUAUCCAUUUGCUGUUGUUGAUGGUGAUGGUGUUUCUAUUAUGGAUGGUGCUGAAGAAGGUGUAUACGCAUGGAUUACAGUAAAUUAUUUAUUAGGUAAUAUUGGUAAUAGCGAAAAAUUAGAUACUAGUGCUGUAUUUGAUUUAGGUGGUGGUUCAACUCAAAUUGUAUUUGAACCAACAUUUGCGUCAAAUGAAAAGAUGGUUGAUGGUGAAUAUAAAUACGAUUUAUCCUUUGGUGGCCAUGAUUAUACAUUAUAUCAAUUUUCUCAUCUUGGUUAUGGUUUAAAUGAAGGUAGAAAUAAAAUUAAUAGUUUAUUAGUUUUAGAUGCAAUUAAAAAGGGUAAAAUUAUUCAAGGUGAUAAAUCUACCAUUUUUGAAUUAACAUCACCAUGUUUACCACCAAAUAUUACAAAUGAAAAAGUUAAAGUUGUAUUAGAUGAUAAAUCAGCUUAUUUUGUUACAUUUAGUGGUCCAAAAGUUGCAGCUGGUGCUCAAUGUAGAUAUUUAGCAGAUCAAGCCUUACAUAAAGAUGCUGCAUGUACUCAACCACCAUGUUCAUUUAAUGGUGUUCAUCAACCAUCAUUGGUUCGUACUUUCAAAGAGACUAAUGAUCUUUAUAUGUUUUCAUUUUUUUAUGAUAAGACACAUUCUUUAGGUAUGCCAUUAUCCUUUACAUUAAAUGAAAUGAUGGAUUUAACAAGAAUGGUUUGUAAUGGUGAAGAAGUUUGGGAGAGUGUCUUUAGUAACAUUGGUGAUUCUUUACAAACUUUAAAAGAUAAUCCAAAUUUCUGUCAAGAUUUAUCUUUUGAAGUUUCAUUAUUACAUACAGGUUAUGAUAUUCCAUUACAUAGAGAAUUAAAAACUGGAGAAGAUAUUGAUGGCAAUCAACUUGGUUGGUGCCUAGGUGCAUCUUUACCAUUAUUAGAAAGCGAUAACUGGAAAUGUGGUGUCUCCAAGGUUCAAUAA